UGCAUCAGAGUGCUAAGAUGGUUUUAUACUCUCUCUACAGCCACAUCACAUCCGGGAUUCAGAACACAAACAAGAAGGGAAAGCUUUCUUUUAAAACUUUUCCACAUUAAGUCUGCAAAUGACCACCGGUGCACCAAAGGGAGAGAACUGCCUUGUGGACAUGGAUAGCAAGGCUGGUGAUCUGUUUGGUGCUGAGGAUGUUCAUCCAACUGGCACAGGGGGCACUGGGGUGCUAGCGAAGCUGUGGCUUCCCAAAGGCCUCUCGGUCAGCGGGGCUAAAGAGUGGUUGGACCGGCGCAGAGUGUCCAUUCGACCAUGGGCCAGUUUUGUGGACCAACGCAAGUUCUCAAAACCUCGGAACUUUGGCGAGCUGUGCCAGAGGGUGGUGAAGAAUGUGGAAGUGUACAACAGCAACUACACCUUCAUCUUCCUGGGUCUUAUUCUCUACUGCAUUAUCAGCUCGCCUAUGCUGCUGAUUGCCUUGGCUGUGUUUGCUGGUGCCUUCUACAUAAUCCACCUCAAAUCUCUGGAGUCCAAACUGGUUCUUCUUGGCAAAGAGCUGACCGUUCCCCACCAGAUGAGUUUAGCUGGAGCCAUCUCCCUGCCUGUGUUCUGGUUGGCUGGAGCUGGUACCGCUGUGUUUUGGGUUCUUGGAGCUACGCUGUUUGUGAUUGGCUCCCACGCCGCGUUCCGACAGCUCGAGGGAUCCGACUUGGAUGAGCUCCUCAUGGAGCCCGUGUAAAGAGCCGGCUGGACUUUGAGCAGCCGCUGAUUGACGAUCGGGCAUCAUUUUGACCCAUUUUGACCCACUGAUGGCAUCAGCCUUCAGGUGUUUGGCGGACAAAAGCUGCUCUCUAACCCUUUUCCAAGCUAAAUGUGUAUCUUAUAUUCCAUAUACUUAACCUCAUGGCAUUUUAUCCAGAAAGCACCUUAUAUGGUAUCAGAAAUGUUAUCAUUCUGUUUAGUAAAUAUCUUACUGUAUGCACAAUUUAUUAAUAAUCAAGGCACAUUAUGAGAUUAAAAGCCUUCAACUGCUUUAAUUUUUACCUGUUUUGUCAUAAAGCUUCUUGUUCCUUUCUGAUAUAUAUUUCCAAAGGUUACGUGCCAAUUGAAGCUUUAAAAUGCCUGGUUGUUCACAAUAAUUAUGUUCUUAUUACAUAAAUAAAAAUUCUGGAUCAUUUAAAAGCUACUAAAGGCAUUCUGUUUUGGUGUUUAACUGAUCUCAUUGUCUGUAUGGAUAUUAAAUUAUUCAGGUAUGUUAAAAGUAGUAGUUUCUAUUAGUUGGAAGUGGUUUGUUAUGUAUGGACAUUUUUGAACGUGCAAUAAAGCCUUGUUACUGAUUCA